AUGGACGAGCACGAACUCGGUCACCGCGCAGGAGCGUCGAGCAAGCGCGCUGGAGAUGAUGACGAUGAGGACGACUUUGAGCAGGGCGAGGAUGCUCUCAUGCUCGGGCCAGCCUCCGCCUCAGGCAUCAACGGCGAUGAAGAGGCAUACGAGAUGGAAGAAAGCAAAUCGAGACGUCGCGCUGGCCGUAGACACGUCUCGACGGGAUCAGUGUCGGACAAAUACGAUCCGGACGAUCCCAUGCAUCUGGUCAGCAAGGCGGUUCCGGAACACGACGACCCUACCCUUCCGGCUCUUACGUGGAGAGCGUUGAUCAUCGGAUCCUUCUUCUGCGUGAUUGGAGCAGCGAUUGCGCAACUCUUCUUCUACAAGUCCAACUCGCCCUCCUUCAGCAGCUACUUUGUCAUCUUGAUAUCGCUACCGAUGGGUCGAUGGCUUGCAAAGCGCUUACCGGAGCGCACGAUCAAGGUGGGCAAAUGGUCGUUUCAGCUCAAUCCAGGUCCGUUCAGCAUCAAGGAGCACAUGCUUGUCGCCAUCAUCGCUUCGGCCGGUGCCACCUCUGCAUACGCCAGCGAUAUCAUCAACAUUCAAGAACUUUUCUAUCAUCAGCAUAUGAACUGGGUCUCCUCGCUCACGCUACUUAUCACAACGCAGGUGCUUGGCUUCGGAUUCGCAGGCAUGGUCACAAAUCUCCUCGUCAAGCCAACGUCGAUGAUUUGGCCAAGCACGCUGGUCACUACCUCGCUCUUCCACACGUUGCACGACAAGGAAGCACCCAACAAUCGAGCCAGGCUGCGACUCUUUGCGUUUGCCUUUGUCGCCAUCUACAUCUACCAGUUCCUUCCCGCUCUGCUCGCACCCACGCUGUCGAGCGUCGCCAUGCUGUGCCUGGUCGACAACAAGGUCCCGGCGUUCCGCUUCCUCAGCUCCGGCUACCAUGGUCUUGGAUUUCUCAACCUCACGUUCGACUGGAACGCCGCUGGUAUGAGCGGGCCCUUCUACCAGCCAUGGUGGGCGGCACUCAACUUUUAUGCUGGGUUGGCCGGUAUGAUGUACAUCGUCAUGCCCAUCCUCUACUGGGGGUUCAAUUUUUGGAACGCCCAGGCGUUUCCAGAGAUCCUCAGUGCCGGGCUGUACAACAAGGAUCACAAGAAGUUUGCCGUGGAUACCUUGCUCAACAAGGACAACACGCUCAACGCCGAGGCAUGGCAGACGCAAAAGCCGAUGUUGCUCACUCCGUACUUUGCGCUUUCCUAUGGUCUUGGGUUUGCGACCUUGACGAGUACGGUCACGCACGUGCUGCUUUGGCAUUGGAAGGACAUCAAAAAGGCCGCGAGCAAUGCUGUGCAUGACGACGUGCACAAUCGACUGAUGCGCGCGUACGAGCCUGUACCGCAGCGGUGGUACGCGACGACCUUUGCGCUGACGACGGCAGCUGCUGUUAUGCUGGUCGUGCUGACGCCUGCGUUGCAGCUGCCUGUAUGGGCGUUGCUGCUGGCAAUUGCCAUGGGGCUGCUGUUCAUCGCACCGCUCGGCAUCCUUCGCGCGGUCUCGGAUACCGGUGUCGGCCUCAACAUCAUCUCCGAAUUCGUCAUCGGAUACAUCAUGCCAGGCAACCCGAUCGGCAACAUCCUGUUCAAGACCAUGGCGUACAUGUCGCUCAACCAAGCGCUUGAUCUGGUCAACGACCUCAAGCUGGGUCACUACAUCAAGAUCCCACCCAAGCACAUGUUUGUCGCACAGCUCUGGGGUACCAUGAUCGGAUGUGUUGUCAACCUGAUCGUGGUCAACAUUGUGCUGGAUCCAGCUUCGGGCUACCGAGCGUUCUUGGAUGGGACGGUGGAGGAUCCUUCGGGGCAGUGGGAUGGGAGAAAGGUGCACAUCUUCUUCUCCGCUUCGGUGAUCUGGGGUCUGGUCGGGCCUGCCGAAUUUUUCUCCGGCGACUACCGUCGGCUGUACUCCGGAUUCUUGUUCGGUGCGAUUCUGCCCCUCAUCCCGUAUUUCUUGCAUAAGAAGUACAAGCUCAAGUGGCUUCCCAAAGUCGCCUUCCCGAUCAUUCUUCAUUCGGCGGCUCUACCACCGGCUGUGCCGACCAACGUGAUCAUGACAGGUUUCUUCUUCAGCUGGUUGUCGCAGAAGCACCUGCGGGAGAAACACCCGGCGUGGUUCGAAAAGUUCAACUACGUUCUGUCGGCUGCACUGGAUGCGGGCAGCAGCGUCAAUGCACUCACCAUCUUUGUGCUGACGCUGAGCUUGCUCAAGUACGCUCCGGUGCCGCAUUGGGCGGCCAAUCCGCUGCAGGAUGCUGAACAUUGUAAACCGAGCAAAUAG